CGCGGCGUGAAAAAACUCCCUGUGGAGGCUGUCGGCUGCCGGCAUUUCUCGAGGAGGCUGAUCACUGCUUGACUCACAGACUCACUCAUAUCCGCCCCUAAUAGCCCGUGAGUGAGCCAUCGACUCACGUCCCGUCCUCCAACGCCUACAUGUAGCUGUCUUUGGUGUCCGGUCAACCAAAGAUAUCUUCAAGCAGCAACAUUUCAACCCUCGGUUGAACUCAAGGGACACCGCCUGGUCCGCCUCGCUGGACCUUCGCCCGACUAUCCCUCCCCGGGCCUCCCCGGCUUUCUCUCUGUCAUUUGUUGAGACGGUGAGCUGCGAUGGACGUCGAGGCGGGAAGAGAUCCCACCAUCCAGGGGACAAUCCAGGAUGGAGAGACUGCAUGUGAGAAACCCACAUGCACCCACGAAGACCCAUCCACCUCCCCCCGGAGUCCGUCCACCUUCUCCAGCCUGCUCCGCAAGGCCCUCGCCCUGGGCCGGGUCGAGGAACGGGGCGUCGAGCCGUUGAGCCUGGACCACCGGACCUCCACGCGGUAUAUCAACUGCUUUACCAUCUGGUGCUCCAUGAACGCCAACAUUCUUCCAAUCACCUUUGGGCUGAUGGGCCCCAAGUACUACGGCCUGGGCUUCCGGGAUAGCGUCCUCAUCAUCGUCUUCCUCAUCCUCCUCACCACCUUGGCGCCCGCCUUCCUCUCCACCCUGGGGCCCAAGACGGGCAUGCGCCAGAUGAUCCAGGCGCGAUUCAGCUUUGGCCGCUAUAUCGUCUCCAUCCCCGUCGUCCUCAACCUCGCCACCCUAACCGGCUUCUGCAUCAUCAUCUUCGUCGUCGGCGGCCAGUGCCUCUCGGCCGUGAGCGACGGCGCCCUGUCGCCCACCCUGGGCAUCGUCCUCAUCGCCGUCUUCGCCCUGUCCAUCUCCUUCUGCGGCUUCAAGAUCCUGCACUUUUACGAGUCGUACGCCUUCAUCCCCGCUGUGAUCGCUAUUGUCAUCGCCACGGGGACCGGCGGCGCCCAUCUGCAUGACCGCCCCCAGGUUCCGCCCCCUUCGGCGCCCCAGGUGCUCAACUAUGCCAUGGUCAUGGCUUCGUACAUGAUCCCUUGGGCUUGUAUUGCUUCAGAUCUGACCACCUAUUUUGAUCCUCGGCCGCGUUAUGCCUCCCUCCGCGUCUUCACCUUCAGCUACCUCGGCCUCAUCCUCCCCACCAUCCUCCUCAUGACCCUAGGCGCCGCCAUCGGCAGCGCCAUCCCCAACGUCCCCGCCUGGAACCAAGGCUACGACGACACCCUCGUCGGCGGCGUGCUGGCUGCCAUGCUCGCGCCCGCCGGCGGCUUCGGCAAGUUCGUCGUGGUCCUCCUGGCCUUCACGCUCCUCGGCAACGUCGCGGGCACCAUGUACGCCAUCUCGCUCAACUUCCAGACCAUGGUUCCGUGGCUGGUGCGCGUGCCGCGGUGCGUCUUCGCCGUCGUCAUCACCGGCAUCACCAUCCCCAUCGCCAUCCGCGCCGCCGACGACUUCUUCCUCAACCUCGAGAACUUCGUCGCCCUCAUCAGCUACUGGUCCGCCGAGUUUGUCGCCAUCGUGCUGGUCGAGCACUUGGUCUUCCGCCGCGGGGACGCAAAGGCGUACGCCCAUGACGCGUGGAACGAUGCGCGGAGGCUCCCUACCGGCCUUGCGGCCCUCGGGGCUGCCGUCCUGAGCUUUGGCUUGAUCGUGCCUUGCAUGUCACAGGCGUGGUUUGUCGGUCCUAUCGCCAAGACGACGGGGGAUAUCGGGUUCGAGGUUGCCUUUAUCUUGAGUGCGCUGUUGUAUCUGCCUUUGCGGUGGGUAGAGAAGAGGGUCCUAAACAGGUGAUUCACUGUAAAAGAAGCUGGCAAUGAAUAAAUGAGAGAUGAUUUUAGAUGAUAUGGUCCAGGUUAUAAUCAUGUGCUGGCUCGGCUUUCCAAUAGAUGGUUCGCCCUUGUGCCCCUUGAGUACGACCACACAUCGUCGUCCACAUGACGCCCCUACAACCUCGGCCAUAAUUCCGACAUCCCAGAUGAUCUCCAUCACCUGUAUGAGAACCGACGAGUCGGCGACAGAUCUCAAGUUAUCCUUCCUCCCUAC